GCCCGCCAUUGUGUGGAGAUGAGAGGGCUGGGAGGGGCUGGAGAGCCACUGAUAUGAAUGUCCCCCCCACCACCACCACCCUCCUCCAGUUGUCUGAGAUCUACACUUGACCUACAGGAGAGGGGGAUUCAUUCCGAAAGCCGAGCCCCAGGCAGCAAAUGCGAGACUGAAGCAGGUAUAGCCAGGUUAACAUGCACAGAGAGUAAUAGACCACUAAGAAAAAGAGCAAAAGAAGUCUGUAAGUGUUUAGCAGGACAAGACUCCACGUGUGAAAAGACCGGGAGGGAGACAGAGAGAAGGAGUGAGGAGGAGGGCGUCUGGGGAGCCCUGCACCAUAACAGGGGCGCGCAGGAGGUGGGACAGCCCUGGGGGGACACCUGAGCCCUGAGGAGACACCUCCUGAAGUAGGGAGCGAGCAGCGCCCCGUGGGAGACGGAGUCAGAGGAACACCCGACAACAACCUGCUGUCGCUCCUCCUCUCCUCGCGACCGGCUCUCAUCCCCUUCUCCUCCUCCUCCUCCUCCUCCUCUUCUCUUCCAUCCUCGCUCCCUCUCUCAUUUGAUCCCAUCCCUCACUCGGAGAGGGAGAGCGUGCACUGAGAGAAGAUCUUGGGUGAUAUCCAAGUUGUGGUGACUGAAGGGAAGUGAAGGAGUGAGAGAGACAGCGAUGGCGGUCCCGUCCCUGUCCUGGUGUAUCGGCGCAGCUCUGGCGCUGUUCUGUGGCUCUUCGUGGCCCCAGGCGCACUCUGCCCUGGCGCCUGAGAACGAGGUGCCACUUCGCCCGACUACAUGGCUGCCGGAGGGAAAGAUCACCUCCGUAACUCUCCCCAAAGGACGAACUCGCAGGCUGUACUUCACGCUGAAGAAGAAGGCACCAGCGAUGUCGGUGACCGUCAGCCCCUGUGACCUCCCGAUCGAAUGGAGCUUGGCUGCCCGCACCCUGAAGGACAAACCCCUCAAGAGCCUGCAGUGGAGCACCAAAAAGAGCAUGCCGGAGGUUUGGUGGCGAGGUCCUGGGACUGAGGAGAAACUGCACAGUUUCGCAGGCAACUCAGUGGACACCUACAGGGGUCCUCCCUACCCGCAUGCUUCCAUCUACAUCGUGAGGCUGCGCUCCAAACAGCAGAACACUCGAGCCACGGUGUACCUCCACGAAGGCCCGGGGCCCUCCGGCGCCUUCCCUCUGCUCCCGGCCGACCCUCGAGUUCACACAUUAGGCGUCGGCAUGACCAGCGUCACCCUCAGCUGGGCGCCCAGUGCCUCCAUAACCAGCCUCCCACACACGCAGAAGGGUUAUGAAUACUGCGUCCUCGCCAACGCUCAGCAGAACUACCCCAGCCUCUGCGCCGCGCGACAGAGCAUGAGCAAAGACAAAGACCAGAAACAAGAGAAGAAGGAGAGGAGGAGGAGAGUGACGGCGUGGCCCAUUUUGAAGGAGUGGUGGUGGCAGCAGUGGGACUCGUACCCUGAACCCAGGAGUCCACCAUCAGCCGCCACCGACGAAUACGCUGACCUCCAGUGUGCGUGUCAGGGGAUGGAGAACGUGUGCACCGUCUCCGAGCUCCGGCCCGAAACUCAGUAUUACUUUGACGUCUUCCUGAUCGACAGGCUGAACGGGACCAGCGUGGCGUACAAGGGGGCCUUCGCUCGAACGCACGAGGAGGCUCGAGCGGCGAUCACCACGCUGAGAGAAGGGGAGCUGAGGUGGGUGACCUUCAACGACAGAAGCUCCAAGUCAGAGCAGUUCUUCACCUUCCGUCCUCGGGGCUUGCAGCAGAGCGGGCUCCUCACCUUGCAGAGCUGCGGGUCGGGUGAGAAGGUGAAGGUCACCGUGUCGAGUAAAGGGCAGGUGUUGACCUCGCAGGCUGUUGGGGGAGACUUAGCGCACAUUUGGCUCCAGGGAAGUCCUUCUUAUCUCAUCCACUUGGAGAGGGAAGGAAGCAGCCACACAUCGGCUGCGACAGACCCAGCUCUGCCCGGAGGUCUGACGGCUUCUGUCAAAAUGCAGACCUCCUCGGCGUACCACCGCAGAGGGGUCCCGUCUCUGCCCUCCACCUUGCAGAUAAAAUCUUUCAACCGGUUGCGUGGCUGCAACAGCGUCACCCUGGCCUGGAUGGGCACGGAGGAAAGAAGCCUUUACUGUGUGUAUCGCAGAAAGCUGGGGACCGGUGAGACAGAGGCUACAACUGCUCCCUGUCUGGGGCCGGAGUCCCGCUCUGACACCGAGAGGGUUCUCUGCAAGUAUUUCCAGGAGCUGAAUCCUCGGCGGGCCGUCACUACAGCUGUCAUCGGGGGCCUGGAGCCAGGGAUGGCCUAUGUGUUUGAUGUCUAUCUAAUGAGACGCUGGGGGAUCCCUAUCAAGUACAGCAGCAAGAUGGUGAAGACCAGAAAGGACUGCUGAGCUGCCGCCCCCUACAGGAGGUUUCAGGACUGUCCCGGUUGAGGGGAAAAUGCAACGGUCAUGGACACACUGUAAAGACUGACCAUGAGAACGAAGCCAUUUGACUGUUGUGGAGGGACUGUUAACCACAACACGAGAAUAUUCCCUCUGAAGGAGCAAUGGUUUUCGUUCAGACUCCACUUGCACUCUCCCUGCAAGCGGAUGGAAAAGCAAAUGGGAAGGAUCCGCACACCAGCAAAAGUUCAUAACAUUUACAGAAAACGACCCUCGUGCUUUUUUCGUCAUUUUGUUUCUCAUUGUUGAUCAUGAUAAUGACGUGCCAGUUGUCCAAGUGCUUAUUUUGUCUGCGGGUGCGAAAGGACAGAUGAGGUGUGUGAUGACGGAAAGUCGAUACAAAAACAACAACAGAGACUGUGCCAAAUAUGCAACAGAAACAGAUGGGGCAAUAAUUGGAUAACAUCUGAGACGAGGGGGCUUCGCAGUGUAUAUCUCCAGUGCUGCAUAUUGUACAGGCUUAUAAACACAGAUGGGCGCAAUCUACAGAUGCUUACUUCAAAGUCAGUGUGUAUCUUUGUGUUCUGCUUUCGCAUGAAGCAGUGAAAAAUACUUAGUGACUUGCCUCAUUGUCUUUGAUGUAUUCUUGUGCUGCUUCAAACGCACCA